AAUGCGUUUUGCGUGGGGGUUUAAUGGCUUUAGACCAGUUAGCGGUAUUCCUAAUGUUGCAUGGUCGAGGCCGAAAGCGGGAGCUACUUUGUUGCAUGGACAUUAUCAACUAAAGUCGAAACACCUAUUUCUUUUUAGAUCAACAUUUUUCAAGGAAUUAUCGAUGCAUUGUCGCCAAUGAAGCACCACUUUCCUUCAGUGAACGCUAUUCCAUAAAGUAUAGGCGUCUUCAGCCAUGAGCUGCUUGGAUGUAAUGUAUCAAGUCUAUGGUCCGCCACAGCCUUAUUUCGCAGCAGCGUACACCCCUUACCACCACCAGAAAUUAGCUUUUUACCCCAAAAUGCAAGAAGCACCAGAAAGUGCCAGCAACAGCAACAGUAGUAGCAGCAGCAGCAGCAAUUCGUUUUCCAGUCUUUCUGCGCCAACCAUCAAAGAGGAAGAAUGCACCCAAGAAAAGGAGCGCCCCCCUGAAGCAGAAUACAUCAACUCCCGCUGCGUGCUCUUCACCUAUUUCCAAGGAGAUAUAAGCUCGGUGGUGGAUGAGCAUUUCAGCAGGGCGUUGAGCCAGCCCAGUAGCUACGCUCCCAGCAGCAAGAGUACGAGGAGUGGAGCGUCCUGGAGAGAUGGAUCAUUCCCAAUGAGCCAAAGAAGUUUUCCACCUUCUUUCUGGAACAGCACGUACCAGCCCUCAGUCACGGCCACCUUAAGCAGCAGUCUCAGCAGUGCUUUAGGGGCCUCUCACACUGAGAUUCCCUUCCCUACAGACCCUUACUCAUCUGCCUCAUUACACAGUCAUCUACACCAGGGGCCUCCAGAACCAUGGCAUCAUCCUCACCACCAUCACCACCCCUACUCUCUGGGUGGGGCCAUCAGCACACAGAGCUCUGCCUACCCACGGCCCAGCAUGCACGAUGUCUACAGCACUCAUUUUGACCCUCGCUACAGCUCUCUGCUAGUGCCAUCGAUGAGACCACAUCGGCUAACUCCAGCCACUGUUCCAACUCCUGGCUCAUCGCAAUGUGACAUUGGAAAAAGUGAACCAGGAACAUCAGCCUGGACAACCCCAGGUGCCUUCUCUGGACCAGGGGCAGAUAUGGGACAAAGCCUGGGCCUAAAUGUGGAUGCAGGUAAACUGGGAACCUGUGUACAGUACGCAAUUCAGAACCAGCUCCAGUAGCAUGGAGGUCAUCACUUACCCACUCAUUUCAAAAAUUAGCAUUAUUGCCAUGAUGGUUAAAUGGAUAUUUUUAUAUGCUUUAUGCCCAAACAUAACAGUUGUAUUUGUCAGAAUUCUAUUGUUAUAGAAAAUGUCUGUGAUGUUUAUAUUUAAGUCCCCGUAGCUCAUCUGUAGUUGCAACUAUCAGUUCUAGCUGAACCUUAAUUUUCUUCCAAACAUAAAAAAUAACACACAUCACAUAAAGAAUUAACCAUCACUCUCUCCUUGCCUGUUAAAUAAAGUACUCAGAGGCUUAUUCAAUACAGUAUUGGCUUCGUGAAAUUUAUUUUAAGGAAAAGGAAAGACGGCCCUCUAAAAGUAUACAGCUUGCAAGCCUACCAGUCCCCUGAAAAGUACCAGUUUGAAAUCAUUAAUUCAGAUUGUAAAAGGUGCUGUGGCUUACUGAUUUUGCUUCUCGUUGCACAUCCUGUCUGAAGCAUGUCAACUGAUCUGUUUGAAGCCAUUCGCAAUGCAGACAUUGAGUCAGGAGCUUGCUGAGGUCAAAUUCUUUCAGUUUAAUUCUGUAGCACAUACUACUGUAUAUACUUUACUCAGCAUAGGUUUUGAAUGCUUGGGUCUUAACCAUUUCAAGGAUACUAUUGAAAAAAUACAAACAGCUAAUAAUAAACACAUAGAUAUGUUGAUUAUAGAUAUAAUUAUUAUAGCUUAUAUUACUAUAUUCAGGCAUUUUUCUGCUUAAAAUGCACAUUCUUAUUUAUACAAAGUAAAUUCAGUUAUGGCUAUGUUCAAAUGUUUGAAACUUGCUUCUGUGUGUUUGAGAGGUCAGGAAAUUCUGUGUUCAGGUUUGUUUCCGAUUUGAUGUGUUUUUAGCAUCAUUAUAUUUGACUCACCUUUGUAAUAGUUGUUUUGAGGGUUGCUUGCGAUUGUUCGUUAGGACGGCUGAGAAUGUGUGACACGUGACAUGUAAAAGGUCACUGUCAUGCACUUCCUGGUUUGCCCAGGUUUGUAUUUAUUCUUCCUAAAAAGUCUCGUUUUUUUUUUGUCCUUCAUCCUGAUCCUUGAUUACAAAAUAUUUUCUGUCCUUUGGCCAUGUCUUUUCAUCUUAUGUUUUGGCUCACAUUACAUGCAUAUCCUAGAUUUUGACUCUCUUUCUAAACAGAGUGUUUUUGCGCACUGAGCUUAUUUUUUAGAUUCUGGAUCUCCUGGUAGUUGAGCUAGGCUAGUUUAUACUGUUUCUUUUCUCCUUAAUUCCAUUUCCUUUCAAAACUGCUGCUAACCUGCGCAGUCAGUAUAUAUACUGGUUAAAUCUGGUUCAUAAAAAGGAUGUAUAUGAAGAAUUUUUUUUUUAGUGUGGACACUACUGCAUAACAUAACAUUCUCAGUCUGCUUAAUACAUUUCUGGGUUGCGGGGAACCGGAGCCUG